AUGUCCAUGAAUCAAACACCAUCAGAAAAUCAAGGUGAAAAACCAGAUAGGUCAUAUGAAUGCAUCUUCUGCAAGAAGACUCUCUCAAAUGCUCAGGCACUUGGUGGCCACAUGAACAUCCACAGGAAAGACAAAGCCAAGCUGAAGCAAUCCUCAAAAGAUCAGACGACGAGAAAAUCCUUGAGCAUCAAUGCUGCUCUUCUUGACAGGGUCGAUACCUCUAGUUCAGUCAAGUCUAACGUGUCAUCUGUAUCCCCGUUUAGCAAAAUGAAAAGAACGGCGACAUGGCCUUGUAUAGCUUCAUUGGAAAAUAGAAAAUCUCCUAGAGGUGAGGGAGAAACAGCACCGAAAUCCAUUGACACAAAACCAAUUUACAAUCAAGUUUCAGAGGAAACUCUAGUGAAGUUGCCAUCUGGCCAAGAAUUCGAGAGUGCAGUAUUGGAUCUUGAGUUGAGGUUAGACAGUCAGCCUCCAAAAUCAGCAGCUACUAUGAACACGAGAAAAUUGUUCUAA